AUGGCUCUCACCCGCUUCUUCACAACCUCGAUGAUUCUCUUCUCACUUUUGGCUAUUGCUUCAGCUAGCAUUGGUGGGUAUGGUCCAAACCCAGAGCUCGAGAAGCCAAAGCCAGAAUACAACAAAGGGUAUGAUAAGCUACUGCCCACUGCUAUGGGUGUUCAAGGUCUUAUCUACUGUAAAUCCGGCCAUAAGACUACUCCUCUUCCAGGAGCUGUGGCAAGGAUAACAUGUUUGGCAGCUGAUGAGCAAGGGUAUGAGAUGGCUCCAUUCUCCUUCUUGAGUGGUCCAAGUGAUGAGAAGGGAUACUAUUUUGCAACACUCUAUCCUUCCCAGGUAGAAGACAAUUGCAAGCUCACCCAGUGCAAGGCCUUCCUCGAAAACUCUCCCUUAAAAACCUGCAAUGUUCCAACUGACGAGAACACAGGCAUCAAUGGUGCUCCAGUUAUUCCUUAUGGCAACCUCAAGGCCAAGAAGAUGCAGUUGUAUUCUGUGAAGCCUUUGUUCUACACCUCUCAGCCUGAACCAGUCUCUAAUGGUUACUAA